AUGGGCAAGGUCAAUAGACCGGCGCGAAAGCAUUCUAACCAUCAUGACAAUCCAAAGACCACCAAAGCUGCACUGAGCAGACGACAACACAGCCAAAAAGCACCUCAUUCGAAAAAGAAAGUUGUAUCAUCCCAUGGCAAAGAUGGCCCGGCCAAGGCUGGAUUGAAGGUGCCUUUCACGAGGCAAGAUAACGUGCUUCUUGUUGGAGAAGGUGACUUCUCCUUCGCCUCGUCUUUGGUCCAUCAUUACAAGGUUGGCCAGGUCACGGCGACAUGCUAUGACUCGAAGGAAGCUCUGGAGAGCAAAUAUCCCAGUGUGCAGAAAACGAUACGGCAGCUCGAGGGCGCGGCCGGCGUGCGGUCUACAGACCUGACUAGCUCCCGCCAUGGAGACCAUGAACAAGAACGUGAAGGGAACGAAGCUGAAUGGGAAGGGUUUUCUCCAUCACCACCGGAGAUCGUAAGCACUCCAGGGUUUCCCGAGGACGACGAGCGCCCCAAGGCCGCUCCGGUCAACGUUCUCUACGGCAUUGACGCCACGAAGCUGGCGUCGGCACACAAGAAGGCUCUGCGGCCAUACUCGCCCUUCACCAAAAUCGUGUUCAAUUUUCCUCACGUGGGGGGUCUGAGCACCGACGUCAACCGGCAAGUCCGAUACAAUCAAGAACUUCUUGUUGGCUUCUUCAAGUCGGCGAAGGGGCUGUUGUCUUCUCCAUCUCAUCCGGCACGACUUCCGAGAGCGCCUGCCGAUGACGCCGUUCAAUACGACGAUGGCUCAGAAUAUUCUGAAGAUGAUUCUGCACAGCCCGGGGCUGUCAACGGCCAGAUACUAGUCACUCUUUUUGAAGGCGAGCCAUACACACUCUGGAACAUCCGAGAUCUUGCUCGACAUUGCGGCCUCAAGGUUGUGGAAAGCUUCAAGUUUCCAUGGUCCGCUUACCCGGGCUAUCAGCAUGCGAGGACCAUCGGAGACAUUACAUCUGGAAAGGACCGCAGUGAUGAAGGAAAAAGAAAAGGUGCGUGGAGAGGAGAAGAGCGGGAUGCCAGGUGUUAUGUCCUGGCAGAUCAGGAUGCUGCCACGGAUGUUCCACCUUCAGGAAAGAAGAACAAACGGAAGCACAGUGACGACGAUGAGGAUAGCGAUUAA